GCGGUAAUCUGUGAUGUAAAGUAAAAAGUUUUUAACAUAACAAUAAUAUAAUUUUGUACGUUACACUCGAUCUAGUUAUUUGUAAUAAUGGAUAAGCAACAAUUGGAACAAUGCGUUACAAACAUAGAAAGUGAUAAGGUAACAAUACGAAGAAAGUAUUGUACAUUGUUAAGUGAAUUGUUAGACACAAAUAUUGUUGAUAGUUUAGAAGAAAAUAUAUGCAGAAGACUUAUAAGUUCAUUGCAGUGGGCAAUUAAAAAAGAUGUUAAUCUAGCUCAGAAAUCAUCAGCAGCUGAACAACUGGUUAAAAUAAUUACUUUAUCCCUUAAAAAAGAUAUUGAUAUUAAUCUAAGAAAUUUGGUCGGAUAUGUAGUUGGUUGUAUGCAAGAGGCUCAAAUGAAAGCAUGUUACCAAACCCAAUUUUUAGAAAUCAUACAAAAAAACUUUAUAUCCCAGCCGAAAGUCAUGGGUCAAUUAAAGAGAGAAGACUGGACAGAAAUUUAUGGCGUAAUAAAAAGUUUAAUAAACGAAGACAUUCGACAAUCUUUGCUACUGCAAUGUUUGGACAAUUUAAUCAAUUGGGGCCCGAGUUACGGAAUGUCCCCCAAUUUGCUAAGAGAAGAUUUCCAAUUCAUAACUAACUUUUGCCUGGAAGCUACCUGUGAUUCCCGGCAAAAUAUACAAAUGAAAACUAUCCAAAUCGCCAUUCAUUUUUGUGAACAAACGAUUAAAGACAAUCGGGUUUCCUGUUGCAAGUUUGGAGAGGACGUAAUUACCAGCUUCGGAAAAAUGUAUUAUACAUCCAAAGGACCAAGCUUAACUAAAAGGCUUCUGGUUGAAUUUUUCCUCUUACAAAUCGUAAUCCAUCAUCCCAGGGGAGUUUUUCCAAACAAUCCAGCCGCCUACGCUUGCAACUGGAAUUUGUGGAGGAAUUUUCAGAAAUCCCUUUUGUCUUGGCUCAUCAAAGACAUCGAAUGGGACAGCAAACAGUUCAAACAGGGAAUGAGCAAUUCCCUUUUAGAAAAAGACGACGAGACGAGCGUUUUCUGCAAUAACUUCACCAAAUUGUUUGUCGAAGUCAGUUGGCAAUUGCUUAUGGAUCCUAAUGUAAAUCAGUCCGUACGACCCGAAUCUCCUCCAACUAAAAAACUCAAAAUGGAAUACUCAUUUGCUAAUUAUCUCGAUUCGUUGAGGAAAACCAAAAGUUGGUUGUGGUUACAUGUUAUAACAUCUUUGAUCAAAACGUAUCCAGGCCUAAUCGAAGUCGGCGAUUAUACUGCUCUUCUGGAAAUUUUAUCGGCUUUUCAAGUAAAUUGCAACCAGCACAACGUCGUAGAAAAAACCUACGUUUGCUUGUUUGAAAUGAUUCGAAUAGAAACCACUUUGGAUAUAAAACAACACGAGGAAGCAAUUACGAAGUUAUGGAAACUCAUAGGAAUUAACAGCGUGAGAGCCUUCGGUUUAGACCAGCACAAAAAACCAGCGGAGAAACUAAUCGAACGGCUCGUAUCCAAAGGAAUAGUCGACUUCGAGGAUCUCCUGCAAACGUACCAAUCGGGCGUUAGUUCGCUCACAAUAAGCUCGAUAGCCUGCUUCAACACCGGCUUGAAAUUCACCGCUUUGAACGAGCUGAACAAGAAAGAAUGCAUCAUGAGGUGCAUUCUGCCGAGGAAUUGCAAAUCCUACGAGCACUUGCUGGACAAGGAAACCGCCAGGCUACUGGUGAAACUGGUAUUCAGCGAGUUCCAAUGCGAAAACGUCGAAUCGCCGGAACCUUUCCAAUCUAAUGAUAUUUACUCGAAUAUAAUCGAUAUUUAUUCGAAAACAUCUUACCUACAUAAUGAAGAAGUAUCGAGUGUCAAUCGAAAGGAACAUUCACCGAGCGUUACACCUGACGUGCACGAUGGUUCGAUCAGUUUGCUAACAACGGUAGUAACCGAAUUCGUUGGUAAUUCCACCGAUUGUGAGCAGAAUAAGGAAGAAAUAUUGUUUUAUAAAGCAGCUCUUUUGAGCAACUUGUGCCACUGGUUGCGGGAAUACAACGUGCGGGAAAUCUCCAAUUGCCCGUUUAUGAAUUUACUCGAGGAUAUUUGGAAGAACGAUCUGAUCAUGGAGUUCCGUUUGUGUUCUUACAUCGACGGAAAGAGCGGGAAGAAAUUGCUCAAUUGCCUCGGCAUCGUCGAGGAAUUGUUCUCUCUCGAUGUGGCCGAGCCGGUGAUGGACAAACUGAAGGAGUUCGUUCCCAUGAAGUUUCUGAAAUCGCUCGUCGAGUGUUUGAAUGGCCUGCAGAUGGAGGGAUCUUCCAAAUUUAAUGCCGCUUUCGAACUAAAAAAGAGCAUCGUUAAAGUAUUGACGAGUUACGCGUGCGUUUGCGGGAAAAAUCUGAACGAAAGACAAUCAAGAGUACUCCUAAAUUUGUCUAAUCCCUCAUAUGAUUUUAGUAUUGAUCAGGAGUAUGAAUUGUUAAAAACCUUCCUGGACUCACUGAAAUCAUCAAAUUUAAAAACAUUUCCGGAUGCUAUUUUGAAUAACAUCAACGCCUGUAUCAAGGAAUUGGCCCAAGUGCGCUACAAAGACGAGGCCGAAGGCAUUUUGGAUAUUUUAAGCGGUAUGCUUCCAUUUAUAUCUUCCUCUGCGGACGUAGAAAUAAAAUCGCUAUCUGUAUGCUUCCUAAAACCGUUCCACGACAAUUUGGACCAUUACGGGCCAAAUGUGUCGCUGUUGUUGCUCGAGUGCUGCAGGAUUCUGUGCGAGCUGGAUGCUCAGAACGAUUUUUCGCGUUGGUCCGGCAAGGAGAUUAUAAAAUUCGUACCGGACUUCUUGACCAGCGAUUACCAGGAGGUUCGAUUCAAGGCCAUCGACGUUUUUGUCGCGUAUUUUCGCGCUAAUUACGGUUGCACUCAAUUGUCGGGGAUUCACACGCAGGAAGAGGUGUUCAACCAAAUUUACGAGAAGAGCUUGUUAAACCUCGAAGUGACAGGUAGUUACACGAAUCAAAGAGAAAUGGAUGAGACAUUAUGCAGAACAGCAAGCGUGUUAUUAACGUUCGUUAACAUUGUUAACAAUUGCGAUAAUUGGAUAGAAGAGAGCCUGUAUAGUUUGAUUAAAAUUUCGCACGUCAAGAAUAUUGAAAACAUUAAGGAAGCGUUGCGCAUUAUAAAUAAAAGUAAAUUCGGCAACGUCGAUUCGAGCAUUUUGGAAAAAUACCUGCUCCACAUAAUGAAAAAAUGGUUCGAAGACGGAUACUCCUUCGACGAAUUCCCGUUCAAUUUGCUCAACUGCACGGAUAAAUUCGACUUUUACAGGAAGCAUUUCGACGAUUACGGUUAUUUGAUAGUCCUAAAAGCGCCCGACGAUCUCUCAUCGUUAGCGAACAUUCUCACUUUCACCCAAGAGGAAAUUGUCGAGAAAACCUCCGCGAAAAUUCUCUCUCACCUGAUUUGCAGCGACAGGGACAACUGUCCGAAGGACUCGCUCAGCAACAACAAGAUUUUCGCCAGUUAUAUUGAGAUAGUUGGAGCCGAACGAUUGAAGCAGAUAUUGAAUGAAAAUUUGCAAGAUAUUGUAAUGGAAAUCUUGAACCACCUCAACGACGAUCAGUACAUCAGUAAUACGUUGAGGGAAACUGUGAUAUUUUUUAACAAACGUUUAACCACGUCUGAGGUUUCCCAACGUUUUGUUUUUGUUGAGAAAUUUGUAUGCGCUAAACCUUUAGGAUCCGCAUUGAUCGAGCGCCCUUCGCAACUCGAAAACAUUUUGCUGCGAUCGAAAGAACAACUGAUGAGGGCCUCACUGGCGAAAGAUCGAUUGAAGUAUUUACACAGGUACACGUUCUUCGUCGGUUUCGUCGUCGAAUUUCUCGAUACGAAGGACGAUUGCGGCCGGUUUUUCAUCAGAGACGUCCUACACACGCUGACCAAUUCGAUACGAAACGGCGCCGACGGCGACGGCGUCGCGACGGCUUCCUGCACGUUCCUCUCGAUUUUCCUGCGGGCGAUUCUACCGAGACUGUCGCUCGCGUUCAAACCGUUCUUCUCGGACACCGUUAGCGCUAUAAACCAAUUUUACCUGACGAGGAAAUCGGUGUCUUCGACGUGCAAGGAGAUCUUGCAUCGGUUGCUGAUCGACAAUUCCACUGAGUUCGGGGAGGACAUCGCGAAAUUGGACGCCUUUCCGGAGUUCGUCGACGAGAAGCAGGACCGUCGCGACGCCAAGCGUCCCCAGCUGUCGGAGGAGAUCCUGCGGUUCCUGGACGGACGAGACGCUUCGGAGAAGGAGGACGGUUUGGUCGAUUUGAGGCGAGCAUUGGCUGACAGAAAGGAGGAACUGAUGGCGCUGUACGACAAGCUGGACGAGACCAGGGGAUUCUCCGAAGAUUGCGAGAACAGCCCGUUGCAUAGGUUGAUUUGCGCUCUGGCUCGUUUGUGCCAGUCGGACAAGAAGAGGGUGGUGAUUGAAGCUGCGAGGUGUUUGGGAGAAUUGGGUCCCACUAACUUACAUACCGUUGUAUUGCAACCGGAAAAGUACACGAUACAUCGGGAAUAUUCACCCUUGCAAAUUUUAAUUGGAAACGUAAUUUCGAUGUUGUCCGAGUAUAUUGUUGACUGUGAUAUUAAUGUUAUAAAAGCGGCUAGUAAAUUGUUAUACUCGGUAUUGGCAACAAAGGAAGCAUCAGCUGUACUAGGUACUGAUGAUGAUUUCGGUUGCGGGCCUAUUGUUAAUGAUUAUAUUCAACCAUACGUUCCGUGCAAUAAGCCAUCACAAUCGCAAAAUUUAAGCGUUAAUGCGAAUUUAUUUUUAACUAAUCUUCAAGAUGAUGAAUUAUGGUGCCCGAACAGUUGUGUUUCUCACGAGAAUUGGAUCGUCAAGUUAUUUACUAAUAUAUUGAAUACAUUUUCGGAAAGUAGUAUUUUACCAAAGCUGAUCGACAUUUGCAAAAUUAAGGUGGAAUUCUCGGAAAGGUUAUUUCCCAUCGUAACCGUCAUUCUUCUCGUCAAAGGUCACAAAAAAGUCGCGGAAUUGAUAUCGAAAAAAAUCGAUUACUUUUUCUCGCAACAUUGGAAAAUAACGAAAGAAUCGGACGGAAGACGAUGCAUUGCGACCAACAAAAAAUCGGUGAAAUUCAUGCUGGACUUAGUCCAAUUCGUAAGGCUGAUGAAGAAAAGCAAUUUGUACACGAUAAAGUACAACGUUCAAUUGAACGUGAACAAUUUGUACGUGGCGAAAGCGGCCGCGUUUUGUGCCAAUCAUUUCUCGGCCUUGUACUUCGCGGAGCUCUUUUGCCAAGAAAACGUGGAAAAAAUCGAAGACGAGGAUCCCGUCCAUUGCGAGAAACGCUCGACGAUGAUCGACGCUAUUUAUAAAAAUAUGAAUCCCGAAUUAGCUGAAGGAUUAUACAACAUACUAAGAAACGCGUACAAAGCCGUCGGGGAUUUCGAUGCUCUAUCAGGCUGCGGGGACUCUUUCCUCCUCCACCCCAAGUACCGCAUCGAGCACUACAAAGAACAGGGCAAGUACGAUCAAGUCGUGCAAUACUACUCCAAUCAACCGGCCCACAACGACGAGCUAAUGGCCAGCCUGAAGGCGCUGGAAAUUUACAAGGUGCCCGCUUUGUACGCCUCGUCCGCGCCCGACUACGAGUGCCUGUGGCGGCUCGGUCGCUGGUCCUUCGAAGAAGCCUCGAGCUUCGACGAUUACGAGAAGCACAGGUUCUCGGCGCUGAAGGCGCUCCGCAACAACAACGCCUACUCGCUGGAGAAGUCGUCGGAAGCGCAGUUCCUCUGCGUCGCGAAUCGCUUGAAGACCGUCAGCUUGGAGAGCAGCCACAAUCUCUAUCCGGCGUUGAGUAAACUACAGGCGUUGGUGGAGUUGGAGGAUCUCUCGAAGGCCGCUUCGGUCGAUGGUUUGAUCGAGAAGUGGAGGUCGCAGGACGGGUUUGCGAGGAAAAGCGAUUUCAAAUACGUCGAGCCGAUCGUUGCGCAUAGACUAAUAAUGUUGACGGAUUGCUUGAAUGGCGCCCAGAGAUCGGACGUCGUCAGGAAUUACGUCGCGGAUUUGUACCUGGCUUUCGCAGAUUUUGCAAGAGAAGAGGGUUUCGACAAAAAAGGCUUAAUGAUACUCGAUAAUUUGAAGCGAAUUCCCGGCCUAAGUUCGGACGUGCUCGUUAAAAUUAAUCUACUCGAUGCUCAGCUGUGCUGGUCCGUUGGUAAUACGGUGGUUGCCAAGCAGAUAUUGAAAGAACUGUGUCACAUUAGCAAAACUUCUGAUCCUAAGUUGUAUUCGCAGGCGUUGAAACUUACCGGGUACUACAUGAGCGAAACCCGAUCCGAAAACAGCAAUACCAUCAUAUCGGAGUAUUUCGAGAAAUCCAUCACCAUAAUGGCAAAGAAGGAAGUUGAAAAAAACGGCGCCGAUAUACAAAUUAUGUUAGAUUCUUUCGACAAAUUGGCCGUUUUCGCCGACAAGGAGUACCAACAGAUAAUGACUUACAUAAAAUCGGACGUGUUUCAAAAGAAAAUCGAUCACAUGGAAGAAACGAAGAAAACGGCCGCCGAUUUGCUGAACCAAAGGAACAAGAGCGUUUUGGAAAAGAGAGCGGCCAUAAUACACGACAGGAACAGCUCCAUAGAUGACGCCGAGAUAAAAGCCGCUUAUCACGAGAGCAACAACUUCCUGAAAAUCGCCUUAAAAUAUUAUUCGUUGUGCUUGACGCACGGCAACGUUAAAAACGAGAGAAUUUUCCAGCUCAUCGCCUUGUUCCUGACGAAUCGAAAGAACGAAGAGAUCGCCGACACCAUCGAAAAGUACUUUCUCAAAAUACCCAGUUACAAGUUCAUCGUGACGCUGCCCCAGUUAGUGCCCCAUCUGGCGGACGAAGAGGUGGAUUUGUUCGGCAAAAAGGUUACGGAGGUGUUGCGGGCCUGCGCCUUGGACCAUCCAUAUCACACGCUGCCGCUUCUACUGGCUAUAACUAACGCUCACAAAGACAGAGAUUACCUGGACGGCAAAGUAAAAACGGUGACGAACGACUUGAGAACGAUCAAAGCUCAGCAGUUGCUGGCGUUGCUGAAGCGAAAAGGCCUAAAAGACUUGAUCAAUCGGACCGAUAGCAUGUCGCAGGCUCUCAUCGAUUUGGCCUACCUCAAAUGUCCGGAUGAAUAUCCCGAAGAAAAAGACUACCCCAUAUCGAAGCAAAAGAUACUGAGCAUAAAGCAAUUCGACGACGUUUUGGUUCCCACUUGUGAAUUGCCUAUUAGCAUAUCGAAGGAUUACACGAAGAUCAUCGGUAUCUCCCAUUUUAAACCCUCUUAUCGAAUAGUCGGGGGUGUCAAUCAACCGAAGAAAAUAAUAUGCGUAGGCACGAACGGAUUGUUCUAUUCCCAGUUGAUCAAAGGACACGACGAUCUGAGACAGGACGCGGUAAUGCAGCAGGUUUUCAAUAUCAUGAACAAUCUGUUGUCUUACAACAAAUCGACGAAGCAUUUGAGGAUUAGGACGUACAAAAUCGUUCCGUUGUCGAUGAGAAGCGGAAUUUUGAAAUGGGCAGAUAACAGUAUGCCGAUCGGAGAGUAUUUGGUUGGGACGAGUCGUAAUAAAAUUAAGGGGGCACACGAAAUUUACAGGCCGACUGAUAAAUCACCGAAUUAUGUUAAAAAUGUUUUUAAGAACGUCGCUCAGAAAUCCGCCGAACAUAAACUGAAAACCUACAAAGACAUCUGCAGGAAUUUCAGGCCCGUAUUCCACCAUUUCUUCGAAAAUUUCUUCCUCCAACCGGCCGUUUGGUACGAAAGAAGAAGAGCCUACAUUCACAGCGUCGCCACCACCAGCAUAUGCGGCUACGUGCUGGGAAUCGGAGAUCGGCACAACAGCAAUAUAUUGAUCGAUAAAACAACGGCCGAAGUCAUACACAUUGAUUUCGGUGUAGCUUUCGAACAAGGAAGGGUUCUGCCUACGCCGGAAACGGUACCUUUCCGAUUGACCAGGGAUAUUGUUGAUGGUAUGGGCGCUAGCGGCGUGGAAGGAAUAUUUAGAAGAUCGUGCGAGAAAACGAUGGAAGUACUGCGACAAAACGGCCAAACCAUCAAUACUAUUUUGGAGGUACUUUUGUACGAUCCCCUGUACGUGUGGACUAUAACGAAUGCGGAGGCAAACAAACGGCAAAUUGACGGAGGUAGCGCUGUUACCGGAAAAGCGGAAAGUUCCGGUUCUUCAGAAGAACCGAAAAACGUUUCGGCCAAAAGGGCCUUGUUGAGGCUCAGAGAGAAGUUACAAGGCACCGAAUUAGGCUAUCCCAGGAGCAUUGAACAUCAAGUCGAAGCUCUUAUACAACAAGCCGUUGAUCCUACGAAUUUGUGCAAAUUGUUUGUUGGUUGGCAACCGUACCUUUAAUUAUAUAGUCGUAUUCCGUUUGUUAUUAUUAUAUUUUUGUAGUAAAAUGUGUUAAUUUUCGGAGUAAUGAUUAAAUUUAAAUAAAACCUAAAACUUAAA